UUAGACCCUUCUUUCUAGGAAAAUAGAAAAGGGAAAGAAAAAGAGAGAAGGGAAAGGUAAAAGAAACCGUGGCCUCACAAGUCAUUCCAGUUUCACCCACAACCACCUCUCUACACUUUCUUCUCCGGCCACCUUACCGCCCCGUUGCGGCCUCAAACCUCUCUGCAAACCUAAUCUCUGAACGCCCACGUCUCAUCCUCCAACGCUCAACACCAUGAUGAGCUUCACAGCCACGUAGACCCACGCUUUAACACACUCACCCACGUUGCGACGGGCUUCAGCGUACCACAAGCGUGGAAGGCGCCGGUUGAUUUCUGCCGCAACGACGAGCACCCGGACGCGCGGCCCACUGGAAAAGGCUCCUUCAGCAGCGGUGUGUACGCUCAGCAAAUACUCCAGCAAUCCAGAUCCGUAAACCCAACCUGUUUUUGUGAUUGGAUUUGUGACCCACAACCCGAAGGACCUCGAAUCUGAACACCCAUAGCCUGUGGAUCUGUGAGUUUGAACCUAUUCGAACACAAUCCGGCAUAGACCCAAGCUAUUUUUCUUUCUAUUGUACUCUGUUAAUGGCGUUGUGGUCCUCAUCAACGUCUCCAAAAGGGAUUGUUAUCACCUUUCCAGUGCUCUUACUCACCGGCUUUGCUGUGAUUCUCUUUUGCUUCUUCUUUAUCUCCAAUCUCUCCUCUUGUUCAUGCCCUGUUACUCCCCGUAUUGUUGUCUCCGGCACUGCUGCCAGCAAUGGAGCCCACAUUGGCGAUGGGGUUCUAACGAACAAGGACGAUGUUGACUGGUUGAAGGAUCAAAUCAAAGCUAAUGGGCUGCAGAUGCAUGAAAAUGUGCUUCGGAAAGGCAUCAACCCUCGCACUAGGGCUCAACAGCUUGAAGAUCUCAGACAAUUCAAGGGUAUAUCACAUUAUGAGGGACCAGAGGAUCAGAACCGUACAGCACUUCCAUGCCCUGGUGAGCUUCUGGUUGAAGAGCACCACAGUAACUAUGGUGAACCGUGGGCAGGCGGGCGAGAUGUGUUUGAAUUCCUAGCCGAGUUCUCUCAUAUAACACCAAAUGCACAUGUUUUGGAGAUUGGAUGUGGCACUCUACGAGUUGGCUUGCAUUUCAUUCGAUACCUUAAGCGUGGACAUUACCAUUGUCUCGAGAGGGAUGAACUCUCUAUGAUGGCUGCCUUCAGGUACGAGCUUCCAUCUCAAGGUCUCUUAAGCAAGCGACCAUUAAUCGUGAAAGGGGAGGACAUGAACUUCAAUAAAUUUGGCUCUGAAGUUCUUUAUGAUUUAAUAUAUGCUAGUGCUGUGUUCCUUCACAUACCUGAUAAGCUUGUGUGGGUUGGACUAGAGAGGCUUUCUAACAAAUUAAAGCCAUACGAUGGGCGAAUUUUUGUGUCCCAUAACAUAAAGUUCUGUUCACGGUUAGGAGGGGAGGAAUGUACGAAGCGUCUCACAAAUUUAGGACUUGAAUAUCUAGGAAAGCGCACACACGAUAGCUUGCUCUUUAAUCACUACGAAAUCUGGUUUGAGUUCAGACGAUCAAAGCCUUAGUAUUACCAACACACUCAUUGUAUCAUUUCGGACUGAGUUCCCAAAAUGUGAAAGAUGAAUAUAGAAAGAUAUCAGCAAUUUAUAUUUCUAGUCUUGGUGUCUGAGAAUGCACUUGGCCAAACCAUUCAAGAAGUUGAAAAUGUCAACCCCAAAGGUUUGUCACUAGAAAGAAGAAAAUGUCUUUGUUAGAGUGCUUAGCCUGGGCUCUUCUCACAGUGUGCUAAGAUAGCCCAAGGCUUAGAGUUUUCUUGUUGUAUGUAAGGCUCCUUUUGUUGUAUGUUCGUUGUGUAAUUUCUAUUCAAUAGUCUGGAUUUUGGAUAAUUUUUUAUGGCAAAAAAUAUUUUUUUUUCUUCUUUAA